AUGAAGCACUUUAAUUUGUUCCUUUUACUUCUAAUGUUGAUGUUCUUUGAAGUCAAAGCACAAUCUUCCUCCAGUGAGAAUGAUUUAAAUUCCCAAGAUGUCGCCUCGAGUUUUCAGCCAAGCCUAGCAGUUGUAAUUGGUAUCCUUGGCAUCAUGUUUUCUUUCACUUUUAUCCUCGUGAUUUAUGUCAAGUUCUGCCACAGGGCAUCAUCUUUUCCAAACCAACAGAUUCAAGGUGGACUUGUUAGAUCAUUGUCUCGAUUUUCAGGGAUCGAUAAAAUAGUAGUUGAGUCUCUUCCCUUUUUCAGAUUCUCUUCACUUAAAGGGUCCAGAGAAGGUCUUGAAUGUGCAGUUUGUUUGGCAAAAUUUGAAGAUGUUGAGAUUCUUCGGUUACUGCCUAAGUGCAGGCAUGCAUUUCAUAUCGAUUGUGUUGAUCAAUGGCUCGAUAAACACUCUAGUUGUCCUCUUUGCAGGCACAAGAUCAGUCCUGACGACCUUUCAUUGGUUCAGUAUUCAGAUAGUUUGAGGUUCUUGUGGAACCAAUCUGAUCUACGAGAGGACUCAAACUUAGAGCUCUUUGUUCAAAGAGAGGAUGAACAUCAAGGGUCUUCGAGAUUUAGCAUUGGAAGCAGUUUUAGGAAGUUUCUAAAAGGUAAGAAGGAAGAAGAACUGCCAAUCCAAGAAAGUUCUGAAACCGAGGAAGAUCAGAAUGAUCUGCAUAAGCACAAUCACAAGAUCAUUGUGUCUGAUGUAGUCUUCAAGAACAGGUGGAGCAAUGUUAAUUCCUCUGACCUCGUGAUUUUGAAUUCCGAAAUGCUUAAUUCCAUGUCGAGCAAUCGAUUUUCUUCUUUGGAUUCAAAUAAUGAGGAGUUUGGGACACCCAAAAAAGUGAUUGAAGAUGGUCAUGUUAUGAAUAUUAAGGAAGAAAUGGAAAGGAAAAGAAUGUUUGAGAGUAAGUUCUGCAAAAUCAAGCAAGGUGAUUCAUUUGCCUUUCCGGGUUUUCCUACUCCUUCAGAAUCCACUUCAAAUUCAAGCCAAACAUCAAAGGUCUUGGAUCCUACCGGAAAGAGAUCGAUGUCCGAGAUUACAAUUCAUCCCAGAUUGGCAGAGUUUAACAUGAAAAAUAGUGCUAGAGAGUCUUUUCCUGAAAAUAAUGAAGAGGAAAGAAAGAGAGAACUCUGGUUGCCAAUUGCCCAAAGAACAGUUCAAUGGUUUGCCAAUAGAGAGAAAGUAAGGAGGCCAGAAAUUAAGAGGGAAUUCAGGAAAACUGUCAGAAGACAGUCCAGUGCACAAGACUCUCGCUACUAUGGCUCUCAAGAGGUUAUUUAG